UAUGACGUCAUGAUAGUAGGUCGGGGCACUCAGCCAACAGCUCAAAUCAGUAACUGAGGAAAUUUUUUCAGCUCUUAUUUUUAAUACAAAUAAUUGCAAAAAUGACACCAACACCAGCUGUAACUCCAAGCAUGGCAGAUUCGCUGGAGCAGAUGUCGAAAAUCGAUACAAUUAAACUUCGCGAAAGACAUAUUGGACAAUCUUGCAAGCUGUUUUACAAAACAAAUCCGCUUAAAAUUAUCAAAGCUAGCGGACAAUAUAUGUAUGAUGAGAGAGGAGAACGUUAUCUAGACUGUAUCAACAAUGUAGCACAUGUUGGUCAUUGUCAUCCUGAUGUUGUAAGAGCUGGACAAGAACAAAUGUCAUUAUUAUCAACAAAUAAUCGUUUUUUACAUGAUAAUCUUGUUGUAUGUGCACGUCGUUUGACAUCAUUAAUGCCAAAAUCACUGUCAGUUUGUUAUCUUGUUAAUUCUGGUAGUGAAGCAAAUGAUUUGGCACUACGUCUUGCUGAGGCACAUACUGGAAAUAAUGAUACAAUCGUACUCGACCAUGCUUAUCAUGGACAUUUGACCUCAAUGAUUGACAUCUCACCUUACAAAUUCAAUCAAUUAAAAAAUGGCAAAAAAGAUUGGGUUCAUGUGGCUCCUUGCCCAGAUGUAUAUCGUGGAAAAUAUAGAGACGUUGACUAUCCAAAUGAGGAUCUUGGAGAAAAAUACGCCAAUGACGUGAAAAUAAUUUGUGAUGAUGUUCAAUCACGUGGAAAAAAUAUUCGAGCAUUUAUUGCUGAGAGUCUUAUGUCAGUUGGUGGUCAAAUAUUACCACCAAAAAAUUAUUACAAAAAUGUUUAUCGACAUGUUAGAGAAGCCGGUGGUGUUUGUAUUGCGGAUGAAGUUCAAGUUGGCUUUGGAAGAGUUGGUAACCACAUGUGGGCAUUUCAGCUUUAUGGUGAAGAUAUAAUACCAGAUAUUGUUACAAUUGGAAAACCAAUGGGUAAUGGACAUCCAGUUGCAGCAGUUAUAACAACACCAGAAAUUGCAAGAAGUUUUACAAAUACUGGAUUGGAAUACUUUAAUACUUAUGGUGGAAAUCCUGUAUCUUGUGCGAUUGCAAAUGCAGUAAUGGAUGUUAUUGAACGUCAAGGUUUACAGCAUCAUGCUGCUCAAGUUGGUCAUCAUUUAUUAUCUGAAUUACAUAAAUUGACAAAAAGAAGAAAAAUUAUUGGUGAUGUACGUGGAAUUGGACUUUUUAUUGGAAUUGAAUUGGUACGUGAUAGAAAAAAUAGAACACCAGCAACUGCUGAAGCAACACAUGUUGUUUCACGUAUGAAAGAAGAAAAAAUUCUCAUUAGCAGUGAUGGACCAGAUAAUAAUAUAUUAAAAUUAAAACCACCAAUGGUUUUUACAAUUGAAAAUGCUGAUAAAUUUGUUAAAAUAUUGGAUAAUGUUUUACAAGAAUUUGAAGAUGAUAUUGAUACGAUUUUUUUACCGAAAAAAAUAUUAAAGACAAUUAUAUCUCCUGUUGAUAUUGAUCCUACUGAAAUGAACAAACAAAAAAAAAUUCGAGCAAGUUAAUUAGAUACAGCUGCGUAUCCAUUACUAAACUAUAUUUGUUUUUCUUUUUUUUUUUUUUUUGUUUUAUAAAUUUUAUAUAGUACAAUAGUUAACAACUAAAUUAUACAAAUAAUUUUUUAUACGAAAUUUUAAUUGUUAGGAUUUGUAGAUUAAGUUUUUUUGUUAUUUUGUAUUUAAAUUUUUGACUAUACUCAAUGUUUCCAAUGGAAAUAUAGAGUAUGUAAUUUUAUUUAAAAUUUUAAUCUUUUAUUUUAUGUAAAUUACAAUUUUAUUAUGAUUUUAUAUAUUUUUUUCUUUCUUGUUUAAUUAUAGAAUAAUAUGAGAAUAAUAAAUAAAAUACAAUAAAAAAUUUAACACAUAUUUUAUUAAUUUUAUUCAAUGUUAGAAAUUCCUUGUUGUAAUGUUAUGAAAAAUUAUUCAAAAAUUAAUAUAUGCUUGAAGAAAUAUUAUCAAAGUUUUAGGAUUUUAUAGUGUUUAUAAAUUUAUGUGUGCUUUCAAGUUAUUAAUUUUUAAUAUAAUUUAUUAUUUUAACAUUGAGUGAGUAAAUAAAAUAUAUUCACCAUGAUUAUUGUCUUUUGUGUUGUAAAUUUAUUCUAAGAAAUACUCAUUAAAAUUAAAAUAAAAUUGAAUGAAAAG